AUGUCAUCCUCGCUAGACAACGUGCGGCCGAUGUUCGAGCUGCGAGGGCGAAACUACAUCGUGACGGGCGGCGCACAGGGCAUCGGGUUCGCAGUCACACGAGCAAUCUGCGAGAUGGGCGGCAACGUGGCGGUGCUGGAUCGACAAGGAAAGCCCGCGGAGCCUGAGUUCCACGAGCUGGCGACCAAGUUCGGCGUCAAGGCUGGCUACGUCCGCGUCGAUGUCACAGAGCACGAGAGCUUGACCGCCGGGUUCGAGCAAGCACUGGAGUUCCUGGGAGGAACUGUCCACGGCUGUGUGCCUGCGGCUGGCAUCGCGAUCGAUAAGCCCUUUAUCGAGCAGACUUGGGAUGAGUUUACGAACAUCCAGAACAUCAAUGUCCGCGGCACCUUCUUCAUCGCACAGCUGGUAACUAAGCAAAUCCUUAAGCAAGGCGGCAGCGAAGGCGGAAGCAUGGUGCUGAUCGCAUCGCAAUCCGCACACAUCGCACUGCCCGGGUACCGCAUGGCCGCAUACAACGCUUCCAAGGGCGGGGUACUGAUGCUGGCCAAAGCACUGGCCGUGGAGCUCGCGCCGCACAACAUCCGAGUGAACACGAUUUCACCGGGCUUCGUCGACUCGGAGAUGACGCGCAAGGUCAGAGAGUCGAAGAGCAAGCGCGAGGGCGAGCAGAUGUGGAUGUCCCCGCCACUGCAGCGGCUGAGUACCCAGAACGAUCUGACGGCCGCGGUUAUCUACCUGUUGAGCGAUGCCUCGAGACAUACCACUGCGGCGGAUAUUCAAAUUACGGGUGGACUGCACGCGGGGACCAUAGAUGGCUUGAUUAGCUAUGAUAAUUGA